AUGUGUAUAAAGUGAAUGCCACUAUCAAACAUUCUUUUUAAGCAAGCUAGAAGUCUCAUCAGCCAAUACCCAGCAAUUGAUCAAACUGGGAGAGGAGAGGAAGAAGAACACUGUUCUGUAGCUAUGGCUACCACUUCAUCGUCAUCAUCUCUUCAUCUGCUACUCAUCUUCUUGUGCUUUUCUCACCUUCUGAUUUCCAUGGCUGCAGCCAUCCCACUUACAAGAACCAGAAAUCUGCAGACUCAAGAAUAUGAAGAACCUAGUUUUACCCACAAGGGAAAGAUGAUGAUGGUGAUGAGAAGGAUGGAUGUUGAGGUGAAUGAUUAUCCUGGUUCUGGGGCUAAUCAUCGCCACACGCCAUGGGUACCACCAGCAAGAGCCUGCCUUGACUGCUAAUUUGUGGCUGUCUGAUCUUAUGAUGCAUGCACAAUUAUAAUGUGGAUUAUAUGAUAAUCAUCCAUCCACUAGUUAGUUUCUUAUUCUUAUGUGGGUUUUGUAUUCUAUACAACAUAUUUUCUUUGUUGUAUAAUAUCAUACAUUAUGAAUGUAAAGGGGAAAAUUGGUAUAUUAAAAUAUCGCAAAUCAUUACUAGUUAGUUCAGCACUUCAGCUAUUUUGUAAACUCUUCGUAAUGAUGAGUUAUGUGCUCUAAGACAAAGAACUGUGAGCAAAUAGCGUUGUUCGGUUUCUGAAAUGUAUGUUGCUUUCGUUGGUUUAGAAAGUAAUUCAGUAUUAGAUGCGAGUAAGCCAAGUAGAAGCUAAUUUGCAAUAUAAUGUUGUAAAUGAAAGCAUGGUUUAUGCCUUAGCUUUAUGGAAGCAAAUUCCAAGUUUGUUUCAUA